AUGGACCUUGGAAAUAGCGAUGCACACACAGGUGGUGGUAAUGAUGCAAGGCCUUCCAUUGUGGGUGGCAGUGAUUCUGAUGUAGUACUGCACAGUGUCGCCCAGUUGACAAGUGAGGCCAAGCGGUUAUGGAAAGUUGUGAAAUUACUAGAGGAGCAAAGACCAAUGCUAGUAGCCAUGACCUGGAAUGAGGUGAAAAAGGCAAGAAAAUUUAAGAGAGGCUUGAGGUGGGAAAUUCAUGAAUGGGUGGCAGUUUUUAAGGUACAUAAUUUUGAAAAACUGGUGGAUAAGGCCGUCGUAGCGGAGGCGAGCAGACAGAGGAGUGCUGGGCAAGAUAAAAUAGCAUAUUUGCCAGGACAACCACGAGUCUCCUUCCAACAAUAUGCCGGAUAUGUCCAAGUGGAUAGUAAACUUAAUAGAUCUAUGUUUUAUUACUUCGUUGAAGCAGAAACCAACCCAGCUUCAAAGCCUCUUGUUCUUUGGUUCACUGGAGGGCCUCCUUGCUCAUCUCUUGGAGUCGGAGCUUUCAUGGAAAUUGGCCCUUUCAAAUUGCAAAUUCCGUACUAUUAUUAUCCGAUUUUAACAAGAAACGAGUAUAGUUGGAAUACAGUAGCAAACAUGUUAUAUGUGGAAUCACCAGUUGGAGUUGGAUUUUCUUAUUCAGUCACCAAGUCUUUCUAUUCCUCUGUUACAGACAACAUUACAGCACAAGACAACUUUAGUUUCUUGGUCGGUUGGCUUGCCAAAUUUUCGGAGUACAAGAGUAAUGCUUUGUUUCUUGCUGGAGAGAGCUAUGCAGGUCACUAUGUUCCACAACUUGCAGAGCUCAUUCUUAAUCAUCGCUUGCCUAACAUGAACGUCAAUUUGCAAGGAAUAAUAUUGGGGGGUCCACUUUUGGAAUUCGAAGCUAGUUUUGAUUCUGCAGCGGAGUAUUUGUGGGCCCAUGGAAUUAUAACAAGCUCGUCGCUAUCACUUUUGAAUUCAAAUUGUAGCUAUUCUCAGUACAGGAGAGAGUAUCAAAUUCUUCGUGCUAUUUCCACAGAGUGCGCUAUGCCUUGUUUCUUAAUUUCACAUGAUUUGAUUAAUAUUGUGGACUUACAGCAACCCAAACAAUCAGUAGAUGUAUGCAUAGUAGAUAAGAUAUUCAGGUAUUUAAAUAGGAAAGAUGUGCAGAAGGCCCUCCAUGCACAACUUGUUGGAGUCAACUAUUGGAAUAUAUGCAGCAGUGUUGUGCAUUAUGAAUAUAAGGAUUUUGAGAUACCAACACUUGACCUUGUGGGAACACUUUUAAAGAAUGACAUCAAAGUGUUGAUUUACAGUGGGGAUCAAGAUGCUGUAAUCCCACUGCUUGGGACUCGUAGCCUUGUUGAGAAAUUAGCAAACGAGUUGGGGCUAGAGAUAACGGUACCUUACAGAAAUUGGUUCAAUGGAGAUCAGGUUGGUGGAUGGAUACAAGUCUACGAUAGUAGACUCUUUUUUGCUACAGUCAGGGAAGAAUCCCAUUUUACUGCACGUUCCCAACCAGAGAGAUCGCUGGUGCUGUUUGCAGCAUUCAUAGAAGGCAAACCACCUCCAGAUUAUCACUAA